AUGCUGAAUGAAACCAGACCCCAAGGCUACAAUCGGCGUCGCCAAAGAUCCCGCAGAAAGAAGUCUGCAGUGACCAUUGAAAGUAUCCAUCCUGGUCGGGCUCCUCUGGGUGUUUGUCGUCCGUCCAGGUCGAUUUCGCCUCCCACACUCAGCAGAGACAGAGCCACUUCAAGUGAAUGGUUCUCCAAGACAUCUGAAAACAGCAUUUCAGGACAGUCAUCUAAUCCGGUGUACAUGCGCUUUUCGGAUACUCUUCCCUCAGAAUCAACAGAGCAAGCGGAAUACAACAGAAACAUACCAUUCUUAUCCAUCAACUCCCUUGGCGAGCUUUUUGGAGAAGGGAAGUGGGUUGAACCUCGAGCCAAAGGCAUGACUAUUCGCGGAGCUUCGUCAAGCGAUGCAGACCCUAACGCUCCAGCAAACGCUGUUUCUUUUGACAUGAGUCGGGGCUGCUAUGAGCUAGCAGGCUUUGAUGAACUUGCCUCGUCUCAGCCGGUCGCCCUGAGUGACUUAUGUAUUAGAGCUCGUCCGCGUUAUAAAGGGAACAGACACCGCAAACCUCUCUUGCAUGAGCACGAGGGCACUAUAGAUGAGAACAAUAGUGCCAUGGGCUCCUUUACAGAUAGCCUAUCAAAGCCUCGCUCACGCCUCUCUGCCUUGCAUCAGCUGAAAAAUGGCGUCUGCAAUUUAAGCGGAAAUCAAAAAGAGCAACGGGCUACUACUUCACUGGUGUAUCACGAGAUUGCUGUCCAGGAGACUCAAAAGAACGAGAUUGGUGAGCAGGAAUCCCACGAAAGUGUAAGCACUUGCUAUCGGAAAAACCCACUGAGCUACUCCACCAUCCAUGAUGGGACUCACUCAUACACCCUGAGACACCGCUAUGAAUCCAUGUCAGCGAGCACAUUUGUGACAAGUGACUACUAUGUUACCUCACAAAUGGACCAGCCAGCAGAUACCCCUCGAGCCACUGAUGAAAGCGCCUCCUUUGGCUCAGCCCAACUGGAUUCCCGCCACCAUAUUAUGCCCUCUGGAAAGAAAUACCCGCAGGAAUCUCCCCUCAACCUUUAUCGUGCCAGCUUCGACCAUCCUAGUGAUCGAUCGCCCUAUGAGUCCUUACAAGUACAGCGUGCACAGGCGUACUUGAGCAGUGUCCCGUCAAUUUUGCAGCAGUCCGUUCCUGAGAACCAAGACUUUGAUUACUGCCCAGUAAAGCAAACAUCUGUACAGGAAGCCGUUGUCAACCAACACCCGACCGAGGAGAACAUGGUCAGAGUUGAGGCAAAGCCAGCCUCGACUAAGCUCCCGUUGCCCAGCCCGAACCUUCCGUAUAUCAAGCACCCUGACCAGGAAGGGAAAUUGUUCGAGGAGUACUCCAACCCCACUACCCCCAACCCAUUGAAACAUACAGAACGUUGUAGCUCGGAAUUAAACUCCGCCGCCCUCCUUUGUUUGGUUCAGGAAUCAGGUUCCGGGAACCAACAAACAUACAUUCCUGACCCAUUCUUCGAAGACAAUGAUGCAAAUCGAACAUCAUAUCGGAAAGGGAAUGACGGAAGUAUGGGAUUGGCGGCCUUGGAUUGUGGUUCCACCGAGCUCAAAGCAAGACCGACUCCCGCCCACCAAACAAACAGUAAUAAUGCAGUUCUAAAGAACGCAUAUGAGCGUGUCAUGAUGAAAGAACUGCGUGAAGGAAGCAGCUCUAUCGAGAAGGCUGAUGGCCCUAGGCAGGAAGAAACAUUUGAAAAUGGUGUUUUGCCGGGUCCCAGAUGCCAACCGACUCCUGGCCCCCCAAAGCGCGGUCCUCUGGACAUGGGAACCAGUACUUGGUAUCUAACGAAAUACACUACUAUGGUUGAAUCAAAAUGUGGCAGCACCGACACCUGGUUCCAUGUUGAUGGGCGGGGAGAAGGCGGCCUCCGGCAGCAGAUCGAAUGCGUUUCCAGCAGAUACGCCCAAGUCAAACAUAACCUAGGUGGAUCGGACCCGACUCAUGCAAGUCAAAUGACUAAUUUACUGGGAAAUGUCAUUACCAACCUCUAUUCUUACGUCUCCGGGAAUCGCAAGGACCAAGCCGCCAAUUUUGCCGACUUUGGAAACGUAAGCGACUGCUAUUGCGAGCCCAGCCUUGGGGGGCGCCGGAGCUAUUUCGAGCGUGACCCGUCGUCCAUGGAACGUUGGGGAGCCCCUGGAGGUAGAGUCACCAUAGAACUGGAUACCACAGGGAAUGAAGCUCGAAACUUUGCGGACAUGGUCGACAGGACUCGCGGGGUUUGCGCUGAUAUCUGCAAAGAAACAAAACAACAGGUAAAAGAAUACGAAAAAGGUCAGGAAAUGGAAGGCAAGAAUGAAAAAGAGAGCGACACAGAUGAUUGA